AUGGUAAGUCGUGAAUUUUACAGUGAUAUCUACUUGCUGAGAUCUCCGAGAUUCUGGAAAGAUGCUCUUAGUCGUGACAUCUUCAAAGCGAAGUUAUGGAGCGCUGGUUACAUUCGAGCUCGAAAUGAAGUUCUUGGAAAAAAAGCAGAAGAAACUCAUAUUGUUCGGAAAUGCUUACAUAAUAGCAGAAUAGGUAUUUCAUUUACUCACCUACCCGAAUCGUACUUGGCCACUUCAGUUCAGUCAACUCAACGGUCAGAGAUCAAUCCCCGACAUAAGUGUGAUUUUUGGCUUUAG